AUGCGCUACACGAUCACACUUGUUGCCUUUGCGGCUGCUGCAACUCUUGCCCUUCCCACGGCGCAGCCAGAUGUCGGUCUAUCGACAACUUUGAAGCGCUCCGACGACGGAUCGUGGGCCCCAGGGAAGUACGAGGGCCACGGAACGGGCUUCGACGACGGAUCGUGGGCCCCAGGGAAAUAUGAAGGCGAUGGAACUAGUUUCGACGACGGAUCAUGGAGUCCUGGAAAGUACCCGUCAAAGCAUUUCGAUGACGGCUCGUGGGCACCAGGGAAGUACGAGGGUGAAGGCACUAAACAUGACGACGGAAAGUGGGAGUCUGGAAAGUUUCAUUCGGGGACUUACUAG